CCUACCUCUCUUCCACGGACCCACUACACAAUUCAACGAAAUGUCCACCGAAGAAGACUCCCUCCUAACAGACCUCUGCACCAUCUGUCACAUCCACCCCCCCAAAUACCGCUGUCCCCGCUGCAGCACCCGAACGUGCUCCCUCCCCUGCUCCAAGCGCCACAAACUCUGGUCGCAAUGCUCCGGCGUCCGCGACCCAGCCGCCUACCUGCGCCGCGCCGACCUCGCCACCCCGUCUGCUUUUGAUCGCGACUUCAACUUCUUGACUGGUAUUGAGCGGGGUUUGGAACGCGCUGAGAGGGAUGUUGAUCGGAGGGAUCUGGCGGCCCCGGCUGUGCCGUCUGGGGUUGAUCCUGCUGUUGUGGGGUUGGAUGGGGAGGGGGAGGCAGUAGAAGGGGGGGAUGCGAAGCGGAGGAGGGUGGGUGAUCAUGCAUUCGCACUCGCGAAAGGCGAAGGUGCGUUUUUAAAUAAUGCGAAGAACGCCGGCGUGGUUGUGAUUAGGGCGCCGAAGGGGUUGAGCCGGCGGAGGGAGAAUGCUUCGAAGUGGAAUACACGACAUAAAUGCCUCAACUGGCUCGUUGAAUGGUUCGCCCCGUGCCAUCCUACGGAGACGGAAAGGAGGAAACUGCGCCAUGUGAUGGAGUCGACUGCGCUGGCGGAUGCUUAUAAUCAGGCUUAUCCGCUGUCCAAGGAGGAGAGGGAUGCACGGGCGGUUCCGACGGAUGACGACUCGUCUGUACAGAUUCAACACCAGGAGGGGGAGGCAGAGGGGCAGGAUGUAUCGUCGGAGACAGUGGAUGUUCCUGCGCGGGUAGAACCUCAUGCUAGUGAACCUACUACUACGCCUGCCCCUACUACUGCUCAUACUCCUGCUGUUACUUCUACCCUUGCCGCUACGCCUACAGAUAUCGAUACAGCUACAGCCCCCGCUCCAACGACAGCAGCUCCAGCACCACCAACCCAAAAAACCCCAACAACAAACCGCGAAAUCCACCUCUACCUGCACCGUCCCCGCACACCCACCAAACACCCCGUUCUCAUCCCGCUGUCUGCAACGUCAUCGCUAGCAGCAGCGCUCAAAGAUCACACUGUUCUUGAGUUUCCUACUAUUUACGCCCUGCCUUAUUCGCCUGAGCGUCUGUCUGGGGGUGGGGAGGAUGGGGAUUCUCUGCCGUUUGUGUUGGAGGAGGUGUUUUUGAGGGAGAAUCCUGAUUUGCGGCUUCAGCCUGAGGUUGAAGCUGAGGUUGAGAAUGGGAGUGGGAGUGGGAGUGGUGAGGGGGGAGAAGACGGGGAAGCCGAUCUGGGAAACAUCGACGAAGGAACUGUUGUGGAGAUGUUGCAGAAGGAUUUACUGGUUCCUGCUGAUUCUUAG